AUGAGCCAGUCCACUUUUAUUUCUCUAUUUUCGGUGACACAGAGUACCUCUGACGUCGACAAACAGAUUCCGCUCUACCAGAGCUUCGGUUUUGUGGUUGACGAUGGCUACCAGGCUCUGGAAGUUCUUCCAGAUGAGUACUUCACGGCAAGAGGAAUUGAGCGGUCCAACCUGAUAAAAAGUGUUUGCCUUCGACAGCCGGCAGAUCCAUACAUGCACUUGAUUCUCCAUCAAUUCAAGGGUUUGAAACAGGGCCCCGCCUGGCCGGCUCCCUUUGAUCAAGUGGGAUCCAGAUGCUUUUCGAUGCUGGUCAGAGACGUCGCCCACGAGGUUGCUCUAAUUCGAAAAGGUUUUCCCAACAUUCGGUUCCUCCACGACCCGAUGACCAUCCGUCGAUCCUGGGGGGUAACUACGACUGCAUUAUUCAUUGAUCCUGAAGGCGGGUUUGUGGAGCUGAUCGAAAUUGAAAAUGGGUCUCCCUACGACCCAUCCAAGGUUAAAGCCCCGAACUUCGACGACGUUCAAUGGCUUCACUUUAUGUACAAUUGCACCAAUUACAAAGUGACAAAGAAAUUCUACGAGUCCUUCGGGAUGACUCACGACGCUGGUGUAAACUUCCGCCCCCGAAGCGGAUACUAUCCUACUUAUGAAGGCUAUUCGCAGCUAAUGGAGGAUGCUUUUGGGCUUGACCAAGAGACGCUACUCGAAACUGGAUUCCUCCGCAACGAAGACGAUGUCAGCAAUAUGCACCUUGAGCUGAUGGACUAUACUGCUGGGAGCCUCAAAGAUCCGGACAACAAGCCCACAUGGGCUCAAAAAGGAAUCGCGCGUUACUGCUUUAAAGUUCCUGAUUACGCGGGAGCUUUGGCUCACCAAAAGGCAAGAGGGACCAAAAUCUACGUUGAAGAUCAACGAGCUUGCCUCAUGUGGGGGAAUACUCAAUGGUUUUUUUUCGGUGAUAUGGACGGGAACCUCUUGACCCAAGAACAAUGGUAUCCGACAAGAUGCUGGGGCGAGAAAUAUUGA